AUGUCAUUCAAUCAAGUGAGACCACGAACAUCACAGUUGGUGGAGCUCCAUGUUUUUUAUGUCCCAGAAGAAGUGUGGAACUUCAAGUUGAAUACAGUUCCUGUAGCUCUUACAAGCAAAUUCAUCUCAGCCGGAUUUAUAAGGGUGUCUCCUCACAUCACAUUAAGAGUGCUACGGGAGAAGCUUGGAGAGUACCUGGGUGGAGUUGCUGUUGCAGAUAAAUUCAAAUUUUUAAAAUGCAUUGGGAAAAAACUAGCAGUGGUGAAAGCAAAGCAAGAAACAGAACUGGAACUGAAGUCAUUUGCUCCUCCUUAUGCACUAUAUCCUGAAUUAUAUUUAUUACCUGGAGUGGAAUACUUUGAAGAUGUUUACCAAUUAUCAUCAUCAGCUCAACAAAGACGUCACUCUAAUGCAGAAACUAAUAGGUUUGGUCAUGGAUCAAGAUUAUCCAGUCUUCCCCAACAAAAACCUGAAAAAACCAAACAAUUUUUAGAAAGCAUACAAAGUGGCCAUCAGCUAGAAAAUCAGGAAGUGCACAGUCCUGUGGAAUGGGGUAAGAAAGAACCUGUUCCAGGUUUGUACACAAAACAUAAGCAAGACCAUAACAACAGGAUUCAAGAAAAACAGAUACAGUUGAGAGAAAAAGAUCCAAAUGGAUCCAGUGGAUCUCUCUUCACAUCAAGUCAUUCAAAUGCUGCAUGGAAUGACAAAGCCAAAGGAACUGCUUUUACCCUUCAUAUAAACCACAGUGAGGAACAAGGCCAGAAUAACCAGACACCCCCAAAUCACAUUCAAUGUCGAGAGGAACUAACAAACAUGGAAAAUAAUGACCGUCAAAAAGAUACCAAACUGCGAAGAGACAGAACACAGGAUGCUGGAAUUCUUAAAAUAACGGAAGAUCAAACCACAGAAUAUGUACACAAAAAGCAAAGCUUGCAGCAAUGCAGAACUAGCAAGUCUAUAGCUGAUCCUGGUGAAAAACUGGAUAAUCAGGCAGAUGAAAACAAGCAAAAUCAUUUUACUUGUCCGAAAGAAUAUAUUUCACCUCCUAGUCCACCUUUUCUGGCAAUUUCUGUAAAUCCAGCGCAAGUUCCUGCAAUGCAGGCAGCAAAAAACAAGAUGGUAGAACAAUUGCAACAAAUGAAGAAAGACAGAAAGCAUAUGGAAAAAACUAGAGAAGAACUGAUCAAAAAAGCUAAAGGGCUCCUGGAACAAAAUAAGCUGAGGAGAUACCACGUUCGUGAGGAAUGGAAAAAGAAGUACUUUGAAACUAAGAAAGCUACAGUUUCACUGGAGGAUGCUUUAAACAAACUGCGACAAGAUUUAGAGCUUUACCACCAGAAAUUACUCUUGCAAUUGGAAGCCAGAGAGAGCCAAAAACGACCAAACAAUAUGACAAACUCCAAGAAUUACACAAUCAUCCGGAUUACUACAGUGCAGCAUGAACUUGAUCAACUGAGGAGGAAGCUGGAUGAUACAAAAAUGAAACUCAUUAUAGAAAUUAAGAUGCGAAAGCAGGCAGCAUCUGAUUUACGCGCACUGAGAGCAGAACUGACACAGAAGAAGAUUCAAUCAGCUUUAAUUCUCCAGUCCAGAAAAUCAGGAAUUUAA